CUCGGACGUGACCUGGCACCACGAAGUGCCUCCUUUCCAGGCAGUGCUCAACGAGAGCGAGCCCGCCUGGGGCUGGGAGGAUGAGCAGGGCUUCUCAGCGCUCCGACACUCUGGUAAAUGCGAAUGUAAAGAGCAAGUUUUAGGGAAUCCCAAGGUCUUCUGCGGGAUGAAGUACACCUACGUGAUCAAGACGAAGAUCUUGUCGGCUCAUGACAAAGGCUCCCAUGCAGAAGUCAAUGUGAAGAUCAAGAAAGUCUUGAAAUCUACAAAGCUGAAGAUCCUCCGGGGCAAGAGGACGCUCUACCCUGAAUCCUGGACUAACAGAGGCUGCACUUGUCCCAUCCUUAAUCCCGGCUUGGAGUACCUCGUGGCAGGACACGAGGAUGUCCGAACGGGCAGACUCAUCGUCAACAUGAAAAGUUUUGUCCAUCAGUGGAAGUCGGCUCUCGGAAGAAAGGUCCUGGAGAUUUUGAAAAGAGACUGCAACUAGAGGUGCGCAACUGCCUAGGGUGUUUCUCUAUGCACAAAAUGCAACAGCUUUCACAGAGAGAAGACCUCUAGGAUGAAAACUGGAAUGUAAGAAAAUAGUGCCAAAACGUGUAGCGAGGCGUUCAGAGUUGUAGGCGCUGUCUAAUUUAACCCUUCCUGGCCAAUGUUCGUUCACUCACCUGUAGCUUCCUUGCCAGGGGCUCACCUGAGUCCAGUUCGUCAUUACGUUGAGGGAAACAAAAGGAAGGGCGGACGCUUGUCUCGCUCCAGUGCGCUGUUGGAGCAACUCCUAUGUAGCCACAGAUCGCCCCAGACUAAAUUGCCACCCUAGAGAGGGAAAGCGUGCCCACGAGCUACAGCUGAGAAGUAAAACACCACUGCCAGUGUCGCCAGCAUGGACCCUGAGUGACUUUCAGAGGCUCCCAGAGGAUGCUGUGGGGAA